GCUUCAGCCUUGAGCUUCCACAUCUCAUUUCACACAACAAAUUUCUUUCUUAAACCUUUUCGUUUCCAAAUUACCACUAACAAGAAGAUGGGUGUUUCUGUGGUUGAACGCAAGCUUUCUACCCCAAUUCCCGCAGCCAAGUUGUUCAAGGCGAUUGUUACCGAUGGCCAAGCUGUUCUUCCUACAACUGUUCCAAAUGUCUUUCAGAAUAUUGAGACUGUUCAAGGAAGCGGGGGGCCUGGAACUGUUAAAAAGAUUACAUAUGCACAAGGCAGUGGACUUAACUAUGCGAAGAACAGAAUCGACGCGAUUGACCAUCAAAACUAUGUAUACCAAAUAACGACACUGGAAGGAGAACCAUGGAUUGACACAAUAGAAAAAGUUUCUCUGGAAGUGAAAAUAGAGCCUUCAGGUGAUGGAGGAUCUGUUUUCAACGGUGUUAUGAAAUUCUAUCCAAAGGGAAGUGCUACUAUCUCUGAUGCUCACAUUAAGGCUGAGGUAGACAAGAUCAUAGGAAUGUUCAAGACUUUGGAGCAAUCCCUGUUGGCGAAUCCUAAUGCCUAUUAACUCCAUAAUUUCCAGUAGCUAUUACAUCCGGCUUUAGACCAUAUAUACAUACAUAUAUACAUGGCGGAAAAAAGCUUGGAUCGAUGGUAUGAAUGUUGGAUAGGUGCUUGAAUUGCACCAUACUUAUACUGUUGUGUAUAAUAAAGGGCUUGAUAUGACUAAGCAAUAAAUGACUUGUUUUAUUAAAUUAA